GAUGGAGCCUGACCAGGAAGUUGACUAGAUCUCAGGAAGUCAUAACAUUCAAGGAGACUGUAUUUUUAUGUACAGAUUUGCCCACGUGCUUCUCCUCUGCUAUGAUGGCAGUCACGUUAUUGUGGAGAUCACUGGUCACAUCACGGCUCUGUGGUUAUAUCAUUCUGACUAAACGGCUUUACAGCAGCACAGCAAAGAGAAUUAGGGUACGUGAUGCCCUCAACAGCCUAGAGACAGGCUCCAUCAUCAAAGUACAGGGUUGGGUACGCUCUGUUCGAUCACAAAAACACAAUAUCUUUCUGCAUGUGAGUGAUGGAAGUUCUUUGCAACCUCUGCAAGUAGUAGCCAGUUCAGACCUCAACACCAGAGACCUCACCUUUGGCUGCGCCGUCGAUGUUACAGGAAGAUUGGAAAAGAGUCCUAGCAAAAAACAAAGCAUGGAAUUACAAGCAAAUCGCAUUGAUGUAGUUGGAGAAUGUAAUCCUGUGGACUUUCCAUUUAAGAUCAAGGGCCACCAUUCCCUGGAGUACAUCAGACAGUUUCCUCACCUGAGGUGCCGAACAAAUGCCUUCAGUUCAUUGCUCAGAAUACGCAGCCAGGCAACUGCUGCCAUUCAUGCUUACUUCAGGGAUAAUAACUACGUGCAAAUUCAUACACCGGUGAUUACGUCAAAUGACUGUGAAGGAGCAGGAGAACUGUUUCAGGUGGAACCUGCAGGUAAUGAAUGGAAUUUGGAUAAGGAAAAUCACCAUUUUUUCUCCGUGCCUGCCUAUCUAACUGUCUCAGGACAGCUGCAUCUGGAAGUGAUGGCAGGGGCUUUUCCUGCUGUUUACACAUUUGGCCCAACAUUUCGAGCAGAGAAUUCCCAGACCAGGAGACACUUGGCUGAGUUUUAUAUGGUGGAGGCAGAACUCGCUUUCACUGAGUCACUGAAGGACCUCAUGAAGGUUAUGGAGGGUUUGUUCAAGACAACCACAGAGAAUCUGCUCUCUCACUGUGCAGAGGAUGUGGAAUUAUUUCACAAAUACAUCUCACCAGGAAAUAUGGAGCAAGUGGACCUUAUGAUGAAAAGAAACUUCAAUGUCAUUUCCUACACAGAGGCGAUUGACAUUCUAAACCGUAGCUCAGAGCAAUUUACCUUCAAGCCAGAGUGGGGUUGUGAUCUUCAAACAGAGCAUGAGAAGUACAUCGUGCAGCAUUGUGGAAAUGUCCCAGUCUUCGUGACAGAUUAUCCAUAUGAGCUAAAGCCUUUCUACGCCAGAGACAAUCAGGACCAGCCCCAGCACACAGCAGCUGCAGUAGAUCUCUUGGUGCCCGGUGUGGGGGAGCUGUGUGGUGGUUCUCUCAGAGAGGAAAGACUAGAGCUGCUAAGGACUCGGCUAGAAAAGGCUGGAUUAAACGACACGUACGCAUGGUAUCUUCAGCUGAGAGAGUUCGGUUCAGUGCCUCAUGGUGGUUUUGGGAUGGGCUUCGAGAGGUACUUGCAGUGUGUUUUAGGAAUAGACAACAUCAAGGACACUAUUCCGUUCGCAAGGUUUUCACACUCCUGUGUUCUGUAAAGCAGCCUGGUGUGAAAUUACAAUAAACAGAUUGAAAAGA